AAGAUGCAAAAUCAGCUGUUAAUACUGGUUUAUUUGCAUUGCAUGUUCGAAAGAUGAAAAAAGUUUGUAAUAUUUCAUCAAUAAAUUAUUGGAUUUUUUUAUAACAACGUACAUGUUUUGUUCCAAAAUUAAUUAAUCAUUUGACUUUGUACUUUUUUUAGUAAUUACAUUAUUCAUUUGUUUAACGGAUCCAUUCAUCUACCUUUUCAUCCGGCAUGUUUAACUCUCGUCUGAUGCAUGUCGUCUGAUUUCCGAGCAUCAUUUUGUCGUCUGUUUAAUUUAAUUGUUUUUUGUUAAUCUAAAAUUUGCUAAAAUCUAUUUCUUUUGCAUUCUAUACCAUUUCUUCAAUUGGCGAUUAAAGCAUGAGUAAUCUAAUAGAUUUAAGUGAUGAUGACGAAGCUCCAUCAAUUGAAAAUGAAGAAAUGAUAGUUGGCCUGCCGCCUUACAAAAGAGUCUGCUUUCGAAGAUCGUCCAUGAAAGCAAAUCAAGCUGUUGCAUCAUUCGAAAAAGAAGCAUGCCUCAACCUUCCAAUUAUAGUUGACGGAGAUAAAUCGAGUAAAGUUUUCAAACAACUCAGCCUAAUAAAAAUCAAAAUGAAUACUCCACUGUUUGAAGAAGAUUUAAGGUCACAUUCUUCUACUAAAAAGCCCAUUCGUCUUUUGGUAUUGUCAAACUUACGUGAUGUUAUGUUGGUAGUUCAAAGAGGAAAAGAAUUCUUCGAAUUUACUGGAAAAAUGGAACGAGAUUACUGUGACUAUAAUUUUUAUAACGGGUUUAGUGCGUCAUCUAGCUUUAUUUUGUCGAUAAGUAGUGAGAUUACAAAACUUCAUGGAGAAGAUAGCAAAUACUUGAUAAUUAAAAUUUUGUUGACCACAAACACGAUUCAAGACUGCAAUCUUGAUGAUCAGCCAGUACAUAAUCAGAAUCAAAACGUCAUGCGUGUAAUGUCGAGUAUCUUUCAAUAUCCUGAUACCAUUCCACCUUCCUCAGGAAGAAGAGAACGCCGUCUUAUACACAUCGAAGGAAUAUACUAUAAAGUUAGAAAAUAUCACGAUACUGAACCGUCUUCAUUCAUUUUACCACAACCGAAAAAACUCUUCCCAACUUUACGAAAUUACCAAAGAAAAGCUGUUCAAUGGAUGUUGCAUCGAGAAAAGUGGAUUGGUGAACCUGACUCUAAGAUGAACUCAAAUAAAUGCUCAAAACCUCAUCCUCUAUGGGUUUACAAUGAACAAUUGGACUUACAAUACAACUACUAUGCUGGUUAUUUCCGAAAGAACGAUCAAGAAAUGGUUCUUGGUCCCUCGGCUCUUGGAGGUAUUCUAGCUGAUGAAAUGGGAUUGGGUAAAACUGUUGAGAUAUUAGCUCUUAUAAUGACUCACCCUCGUCCAAAUUUUAUUUUGAAAGCUCCAGAAAUGCCUCCUAAACCAUCAAAAUGUAAAAAUAUGUUCGUUUGCCGUUGUGGGGUGAAAUCGAAAGCUGCGAACAAAACCCCAAUAAAAUGUUCAAGAUGCGGCUCCAUCCAACAUGAACAGUGCAUUAAAUAUAAAAAAAGAUGGAACCAUCUUCCUUAUUACUGCCCCUACUGUUGGACUGACCCAACAGUUGAUAAACUCAAGUCGAAAGCUACUUUAAUCAUUACCCCUGAGUCAAUUUAUUACCAAUGGCGAGAAGAGAUAAGAAAACACGUCGACUGUGAAUCUACAAAUAUUUUGCUUUACGACGGAGUUGCAUCAAGUUACAUUUACCCUUAUGAAUUGGCUGAAAACGACAUUAUUUUGGCUUCGUACGAAACGCUUUCGAGUGAUCUAAAAUUUGUAGAUUUACCUAAUGAAGAAAGAUUCAGACAUCCAAAGCGCUUUAACUUACCGCCUACUCCUCUUCUAGCAAUGGAUUGGUGGAGAAUUGUUCUUGAUGAGGCUCAAAUGGUUGAAAGUGUUUCAUCACAGGCAGCUACAAUGGCAGGUCAUCUAGCAGGUAUUAAUCGUUGGUGUGUUACUGGUACUCCUGUUCAAAAAAGUAUUAACGAUCUCUAUGGACUAGUCUUAUUCAUUGGUGAACAACCUUAUUGCAAUAUUCUAUGGUGGAAAUUGCUGAUUGCUGAACCUUACUUCCAAAAAAAUACGGAGCCAUUAACUAAUUUAUUAAAAGACUGCUUUUGGAGAAAUUCUAAAAGAGAUGUUGCCACCGAAUUAGGAUUGCCCGAGUGUACAAAGCAUAUAAUAAAAGUCAACUUAGCUCCUAUUGAAGCGCAUUUCUAUAAGCGCCAGAAAGAAAAAUGCUUACGAGUUUUCUCUGAUAAUCUUUCUCGCCUCGAUGAUCUCAAUGUUUCGCUCAAAGAGCUGGACCACAAGACUGCUGAAAAAUUUAUGCAACCUUUGUUGAAACUUCGUCAGGCUUGUUUGCACCCUCAAAUUGUUGGAAAUCAAAUGACUUCAAUUACAACAAAAACUUUGACUAUGGAAGCGGUUCUGGAAAAUAUGAUAAAAAGAACAUCACGGGAAUGUGAAGAAGAUCAUCGUAGAAUUAUAUCUGCACUCAACGGACAAGCAGGAAUUUACAUAAUUAAGGAAAAUUGGCCAAAAGCAGUCGAAGUUUAUCGUAAGGCUCUGGCAUCGAUCGAAAAUUACAAAGAAAAGCUUAGAACCGAUAAACUUCAACUUUAUCAUACACUAUACAACCUUGCCGAAGUUUUUGAUUUGGUUAAAAACAGCACUGAUGAAGAAACACGAAGCUCAAUGAAAACUAUUGGUUAUACACUCAGAGAUGAUGAUUUGAAGAAGGAAGCUGAAAAUAUAAGAGAUGAAUACCUAGCAAAAGGAGUCAGUCAAAUCGAUGAAGCUAAGAAGAAUUUAAAAUCAACAUUGGUUACUUCUAAUUCUCAAAAAAAGAUUUUAAAUUCUGACUGGUGGGUGAGAGCGAUCGGCGUAAUUUUAGACAAUGAAGAAGAAGAUCAGUUAAUGGCUAGAAUCAAAGAAGGUUUAGAAGAACGUGCUCUUCGUAGUUUGGUUAAACAUGGUAAAGUCUUUAAGUAUCUCGCUACUCCACAUCGUGAUAUUCCUGGCUUACAAUAUGUUAUCGCCAAUGGUUUGGACGAACUUAAACAGACAAGAGAAGAGCUGAUUGAAGCUGUUCACGAGAUGAGAUCAAAGCCCAAAAAAAGAGAGUUCAAUAAAGCUAUUGAUUGCCAUUUAAGACCCAGAAGGGAUGAAAGUGGUAAAAUUAUUCCUGCUGACAAAUGUAACUAUUGUGUGAUUCAUGAAAUAUUCAAUAUUUAUGAAGGAAAAUUGUAUUAUUUUGCUGAGAAGGAUGAUGAGGACAAAGAAAAAAAUGAUGAGCGAGAUGCUCGCAAUCCGCUUUCAGACGAUUUAGCAUCUGAUCUUCCUAUAUUAGAGGAACAGAGACGAGGUAAUUGGUCUGGUAGUGAAAUUGAACAAGCGUUGAAAACGAUUCUGAGUAUGAUUGCUCGUCAAUCUGACAUAAAAGAUAUUCAAACUUCAGGGAAGAAAAUGAUGGAUUUCUUUGAACAAUUAAAAAAAGAGUUUAAAGCUCUACGAUCGGUUUGGAUGAACAUCUUUGAUUAUGUGUCUCUUUUGGAUGAACUCAAUAUGGCUACCAUUCGAUUGCGAGCUCGUUACCCUGAUGAACCUAAGCCUGAUGAAUCAAUAAAGUACGUUCUUGAGCCAAAUGAAAUCGAUUCAAAUUUAAUGCAAUUGGAAGCUGAUGAGAAAAUAAAUCAAGCUGAUUUGAAAAAGAAUCUUUCUCAACUCAACUUUUUAUUCAACCUCAAGAAAUCCAAAGUCGGCCAAAAUGGUGGAUCCAAUCCAGACCCAUGUCCAAUUUGUACCAAUCCACUUGGUGUACAUUGGAGUACUUUGAAUUGUGGUCACACUUAUUGCAUCGCCUGUUGUCAUAUUAUGCUCGGAGAAGAGCUGAAAAAUUCCUGUUCACUCAAAUGUGCCAUUUGUAGACAAGUGACUAAAGCCAAUGAAAUUAUUUAUGUUGAUGCUCGAGAUCCAGAAGAAUGUGAUGAAGCAAUAAAAGUUGUAGGCUCUUGGUCUUCUAAAGUUGAAAUGAUAAUUAGAACUCUUAUAAAGAUUCGUUCAAAAGAGCCCGAUGCUAAAUGUUUACUAUUUUCCUCGUGGAUCUCAUUUCUGGUUUUACUGGGACGAGCUCUUGAACAGAACAAGAUCAAACAUGUUAUUGCAACUAACAAGCGAAAAUUAGCUCGAACUAUCGAAAUGUUCAAAAACUGUGAUUCUCAUGUUCUACUUAUGCCUAUCAAUCUAGGAUCUAAAGGGUUGAAUCUCACUGAAGCUUCUCAUGCUUUCCUGGUUGAACCAUUGUUAGAUCAGUCUCAUGAGUACCAAGCUAUUGGUAGAAUUCACAGAAUUGGUCAAACAAAACCAGCUAACGUCUAUAAAUUCAUUGUUAAUCAAACGAUAGAGGAAAAAAUUGCCGAAAUGUUUUCACUUGAUUGUGACUUCGAUGAGUAUUCCGAUUUGACUGACAACAAAAAAAUUUGUAGCACUGUUAAAGAUAUCUACGAUAUUCUGUUGAGUGAUGAACCAUCAAAAAUGGAGAUCGAUGAUUAAAAAAUUUCUUUGUUUUGCAUUUUUCAUAAUUAUUGUUAUAAAUACUUUUUGCCCACUUAUUUGAAAUUAAAGAUUAUGAUUAUUUAUUCAAUUA